AAAAAAAAAAAUGCACCAAAAAAUAAACCCAAGAAAGUACCCAACCCUCUGAAUUCUCAAUUCUCUGUACGACUGCACACCGUUUGAUUGGCCUCAGCUCACAAACCCCAACUUUUCAACUGUUAAUGGCCUUCCUCUGCUGACCACCCGCGGCGGCGCAUACUUCAUGUCUUUCAUCCGUAACCACGGCGGAGUCUUCCACGGUGGCCCCACCACCGAUCACCACCUUCCAUCAAAACGCAAACUUGAAGACUCCGGCUCCCUCAUCGAUGACAGCAGCGACAGCAACGAUUUGAUGAGCGACUUAGUGUCGGUCAGAAUGAGAAAAGACGAAGGAGGAGCAGUGAAUUCAUGGUCUCCAAUUAGAACCCCUCUAAGCCCUCUUUCGGAGACCCAGUCCCAAAGGAGUUUGUCUAUUUGGCCACACUUGCAGUUCUUCGUUCGGAUGAUGUCUGAGGGCAACACCAUGGUCAUGCACGCUUUUCCGGAAGACAGCGUCAAAUCCAUCCACCAGCGAAUUCAGCACAUCAAGGGAAUUCCUAUCCAUGAACAGAGACUGAUCUAUAUGGGAAAGCAGCUUCAAUUUGAGCAGACUCUUGCAGAGUGUUCCAUUCAAAAUGAUGCCAGCCUCCAGUUAGUUGGUCGGAUGCGCAGCACGGAGCACCCGCAAGCCUGGCAGGUCAUGAACGACAUGAUUUCCGUUGUGUAUAGAAUGUGCAGAGGGGAAUCUCUCCCUAAUGCACUCAAGACCGUAAAAGGCCUCAUUGACAGUUACCUGAACAUGACCCCUAGAGACUGUGACUCUGCUUUGGGCUACUUCCAGAUUUUCAUGUCUUGUUCGGCACCCGCUGUUUUGGUCAUGCUCUACCUUUCUCCCUUUACAGGUAAUAAGGACUGUGCCGACUCUUCUGUUAGGCAUUUUGUGAAUUCUUGUCGUAGUACAUUGUCUGAGGAAUUGCAUAGCCAGUUUGCGCUUGUGGUGUUGGAGUUUUGCAAAUUGCUUAGGAGGCUGCACUGUGAUGAUCCUUUGUAUAUGUUUUGCCGGAGUACUUUGGGGUCCUUGUUGGAAACUGAUUGUGUGUGCUGUGGUACUACUGAGGAGGAUGUUAAAGGGUUGAUUUUGGUUCAAGAUAUAUUCCCAUUUGUCCGUGAGCUUGCCAAUAGCUUGUUGAGUGAUUUGGAUUUGAGUUUGGAAUCCCCAACCUAUGCUGGGCACUUGUACAGCGAUGUUAGAGAUCUUAGGGCAUUCUUGGUCCCGUUGAGAUCUGGAAUCAGUGUGCAACAAUCACUCAUGGUUUCUGCAACGGAUGAGGAGCGCCACACCGAUGCCAUGCUCACAGAAGAGAUUGAAAACCUUCAUUUUUUAUACAUUGAGUUGCUGAGCAAGAUGGACGAAUGCCUUAAAAAAGUGGAUAGCAGCUUAGCAGACCAGGAGAUAACAGAAUGGGAUACUCCUUAUAAUGCGUGGUCUCAGUAUCUUUCUAUUUUGAAGGAAUUACAUCAAAUCUCUAAGCUUUAUGAUGGUGCUGAAGAGGAACUUUGGAAUGUUUUAACACGUCAAAGAAGUGCAGUGUGUCAACUGAUUGUUAGGUAUGCAAAGAGGAAUGAUGAACAUCAUUGGAUUCUUGAACGCAAGUGUGUGACGAAUUUUGAAUCAAGAAGGCAUUUGGCGCUGCUGAUGCUGCCAGAGGUAAAAGAUGACUAUGAGGAGUUGCAUGAGAUGCUCAUUGAUAGGUCUCAGUUAUUGGCUGAAUCUUUCGAAUACAUAGGACGUGUGGAACCAGAAUCUCUACGUGGGGGCCUAUUUAUGGAAUUCAAAAAUGAGGAAGCUACUGGGCCGGGUGUACUGAGGGAGUGGUUUUUUCUGGUAUGUCAAGAAAUAUUCAAUCCGCAAAAUGCUCUUUUUGUCGCAUGCCCAAAUGACAAACGAAGAUUUUUCCCCAAUCCUGCAUCUAAAGUAGAUCCUCUGCACCUUGAAUAUUUCCGCUUCUCUGGUCGAGUUAUUGCAUUGGCUUUGAUGCAUAGGGUGCAUGUUGGUGUAGUUCUUGACCGUGUGUUUUUCCAGCAAUUAGCCGGAAAUGAAAUUACUUUAGAAGAUAUAAGGGAUGCAGAUCCACACUUGUAUAGUAGCUACAAGCAAAUAUUGGAGAUGGAUCCUGGUUUCAUUGAUUCAGAUUCAUUAGGACUGACAUUUGUUAGAGAGGUGGAAGAGUUAGGACACAGGGAAGUGGUUGAGCUGUGUCCCGGUGGGAAGAACAUCGUUGUACAUAGUAAGAACAGGGAAAAUUAUGUUGAUCUUCUUAUACAGGAUCAUUUUGUAACAUCUAUAUCUGAGCAGGUGUCACAAUUUGCCAAAGGCUUUGGUGAUAUUCUCUCAAACUCAAGCCUCGAGUCAUCAUUCUUUCAAAGUUUAGACCUUAAAGAUCUUGACUGGAUGCUGCAUGGGAGUGAAGAUAUCAUUUCUGUUGAGGACUGGAAAGCACAUACUGAGUAUCAAGGCUAUGAAGAGACAGAUCCUCAGAUAUCUUGGUUUUGGGAGAUUCUUGGGAGGAUGACAGGUGAAAAGAGAAGGGUACUUCUGUUCUUCUGGACGUCUGUGAAAUAUUUACCAGUUGAAGGCUUCCCUGGUUUGGCUUCGAGUCUCUCCAUUUACAGGUCCCCUGAACAUGAGGAUCACCUUCCGACAUCUCACACAUGUUUUUACCGGCUGUGCCUCCCAGCCUAUUCAUCGAUGGCCAUCAUGCAAGAUCGUCUUAAAGUUCUCACUCAAGACCACAUUGGCUGCAGUUUUGGUACUUGGUGAAUGAACAUACCUGCAAUUUGGAUACAAGUUGUUUUCACUGCACAUAGAGAUAUAUCGUUAUUCAGCAUGUGUACAGAUAGAUUAUAGGAGUAUUCCAUCUAUUACCUAAAUGGAUAUAUUGGGAGAAGGUUCACUAGUUCUUUUUCUCAUUGAUCUUAGUAAAAUGUCGAUAUAAAAGAGGUAUCAAUAAAAUAGGAUUAAAGAUUAUAUGUUCUAUCGUUAUAGGGAAUAGCUAGCUUCUAUGUACAUGUACUUGCGAAGUAUGCACUUGUAACUUGUAAGUUUGGGUUUAUGAAAAUCGUGCUCAGAGCAAUUUGUUC